CAGAAAGGUGCUAGUAGGUAGGAGGUUUCCGAGAAUUUCGCAGUACAACUUUGAAACAGGACAGGAACAGCAAGUCUUUGAAACAGAGAUGAGAUAGAGAUCAUGGCGGCUAUCAGAAAAUAUCAACUGGUUCUGUGUAUUGUCUUUUUUUCAUACUUUGUUUGUCGCAUACUUGCCGUCGAGGAGGCAUCGGAAAGGCUUGGGGGGAAAGAAAACUUGAGAGGCGAAGACCAACAUAUGCCAGAAAUGGAAGAAACGGAGGGUGCGAUGACGACUUUCGAGUUGUUCAGAGAUAGCAUGGAGGAAUUCAACGAAGACUUCCAGGAAGGCAUCCAUUUGGUGAGGGAAAGGGCCUUACAGGUGAAGGAGCAAGCCUUCAAAUUGCAAGAAAAGUUUACCGAUAUAGUUGACGAGGCCACGUUGGACGUUCGCGAGUAUUUGGGUCUUGAGAAACCUUACCUCGAGCAGCUUGAAGAUCGGAUGCUCAAUGUAUUACAGAAAACAGCGUUUGCUCGCCAGGUUAUUGUAAAGGGCUGCGUUGGAUUGAGCAUGGUACUUUAUGGCAUGCACUUUUCUCAUUUAGUAGUUUUCAUUCACACCUUACGAGUAACUGGGCUUCCUGUAAUGCAGAGAGCAUGGAAUGAGUUUGUCGACAUGUACGGCACCGCACGACGGACUAUUAAAAGGGAAUACCCGAAUAUGUUGCAUACCAAAAAACUCCUGCAGGCUGUGCACUAUGAGAUCCAAUCAACGCGCAAAUUGUUACACGAGUCCGCUGAAGCUGCCAAGGACGGAAAAGUGACAGAGUCAGAAGCUAGGGAAGCAGUUCGGAAAGCCAAACUCAAUCUACGAGAGCUGAACGAGAAAUCCUGGAUCCUCAACCAAGCCUUUUCUUCAAUGCACGCUGUGGCAGCUGCAAUCGACUUUGUAAAGAUCAAGGAUCUAUUUUCUGGAAUCUACACUUCGGCUUUAGCAUGUUUUGCAACGGCGUCAUCGUCGACAUUGCGGGGUCUCUCCAUAGGCUUUGACCUGGCCUCCUUGAUAUCCCAGCACAUUGACCACGCUGUGCAGGCUGUGGCAGAGCGCAUUCCUCGGUUGGAGGUCCUUCAAUACUUGCCUAGAGAGACACAAAAACUUCUUGGAAUGACUGUGUCCUUGGUCUCUGUACUCAAGGGGCUAAUUGUCGUACAUUUUGUCGUGCCUCGCCUUACACUGGUCAUUUCUUCAUCGGCCUUGGGUGCCCUUUGGGUUACUGACAUGCUAGUGGACGUAAUGGACGCGGGAGCAGACGGACCUGGCACGGGAUUGUUGAAUGACAAAUGCUUAUACUUGCUGUCUAAUUUCUUUUGGACUGCUGUAGGCUGCAUGUAUCAAAGUCAUCGUGAAGGUCAAGAUAUGCCGCGCCUCAUCCAAGUCCUUCUAUUUCCUGCCGUGCGUCUUGAGACUCUUCUAUGUUCGCUUGAUAAUUUUUUGGGAUCCAGCCGAGAGAAAAUCGAGUAUCUUGUAAAAAAGCAUACGCCUUUUUCGGGUAAUGCGAUGGAAGCGCAGGAGACAGCGCACACGCCAUCACUUGCAGUGCAGGAAGCAAAGGAAGGCAACACUGCACGCGAGCGCAAGAGAGGCGGCCUCCUUCAUUUUUGGAAGGGACAUAUGUGAAACGGGUGGAAAUGAUCCGAAGGAAAGGGUGUAUGUGCUGAAAAUUGGUUUGGUGGUAGCACCCAUAUGUGCACGCAUGAAUUUAUGUACAAGAUGUUAAUAGAAUGUAUUCCAUCCGGUGAAAGGGUGUAAAAUCCCACCAUGUUUUGCAGUUUGGGGGGACGGUGCGAUGACUGUGAGACGACUUAAGCGACAAGUAAGCAAUUAGUUGUCGAGGAUUAUCAGAGGUAGAAGAAGUCAAUUGGAAAUUAUGCCACAUAUUAAAAAG